AUGAAUAAAGUUAAAAUGAAGCUCGGGAUUUUAAAAUUUGUUUUUUUUUCAAUUAUUAUUUGUUCUUUUGAAUAUGCCAAAAAUGAAUUAUACUAUGUAAAUGAGACAAGCAUAUACCUUGAAAGGAAUUUAAUAUAUUUUGGAAAUAAUAGGAUAUUAACAGAUGCAGACAACCAGCUCGAUUUAAAUUAUUUUUAUGAAUCAAUCGUGAGCCUUGCAGAUCAACAUAAUAACAUUAAUGUUGAUAACAAGGAUAUAACAAAUAUUCAAAAUCUUAUAAAUUCACAUAUAAAUAAGUGUAAAGAAAGUAAUACAUUACCCAAUUUAAAUAAUGUAGAUGAGAAAACGAAAAAGGAAAUUCGUAAACUUCAAAAAGAAUUAAAAAAAGUAAGAAAAGAGGUUGAUAACAUAAGGAAUGAUAAAUUAGCAAUACAACCAAUACAAGAUAAAAGAAUAAUAAUAAAGUGUGAAAAUGUUUCUAUACCAAAUUAUGAAGGCCUUAACGGACUCGAAUAUCUAAGAAGUAUCACAUCGAAUGAACCGAAUGAGGACAACACAACUGUUGAUGAUAUAUUAGAAAGUAAACGAGAGCAAGAAAGAAGGCUCAUAGGAUUAAUUAUAAGGGGAGGGGUGUCUAUUUUACUUGCUUUUAUGUUACUAGCACCAGUAAGUUUGCAAAUAGCAGCUGCUAUUAUAAGUGCACUGCUUACAGCUGAAACAUUUGUUAGAUGCUAUCAAUACGUUAAACUAAGCUUUAAAAUAGCUAAAAUGUCAAGAAAAGAACAAAAAAAAAGAUAA